AUGCCUGAAUACUACGUCGACAACGAUCUCUGCUACUGCUCGCUUUGCGACCGCUACUUCCCCGACGAGGAAUUACGCGCCAACCAUGUCCGCUAUGCACUCAACCACCCCAAGUGCAACAAGUGCGAGAUCCGCUUUGCGAACGGCAAUGCCCUUCGAGUGCAUUACACCGUCUCUCACAGACACAGCUACUGCUCUGCCUGUGACAGGCACUUCAGGUCCCGGGCCGGACUUCGUGCUCACGUCGAGUUUGCCGCCAUACACAAUGCCGAUGACUCUGACGACGAUGAGGACGAGGAUGGAAUCGACGACUCCUACGAAGGCUGGGAGGACGACGUCGGUCUCCAGCGGUACCCCGACGAAAACUACUACAUAGAGCCGUCCGUCGAGGACGACGAGGCUCUCGACGAGAGCCAGCACUACUGGCCGGAGGACGAUGAGCCGGAUACCCUCGACGACGAGUCAUACAACGGCUGGGCCCCCGUCCCUGCCACAGUCAGCGUGGAGGACGGGUCGGAGGGUGUCACUCCUCCGGUCGAGGAGACAAAACCCUCGGCCCACGUCUGCGCCGACUCAUGCGGGGAUGGCCCCUGUGCGAGCGCGCAAAAGGCGAAGCCGUCGCCGCCGACCGCCUUCGUCCUCAACUGCCCUGUCUGCCUUGACGCAACGUCAACGCCGACCGCAACGACCUGCGGGCACAUCUUCUGCUCUUCAUGUAUCCACCGCUACAUGAAGGUCGACCGCAGUUGCCCGGUCUGCAGGAGACCUGCGACCCCCAAGGACUUGAGGAGGCUUUUCCUCGAGGCCGCCACUAGCUAG